AUGGCUACGACAGAAAAAGACCGAAAAACUGCCAAAUGUAAGAUUCCGAAGUGCACGCAUGCCGAAUUUUUUUGUGGAGAUGGAGGCUCAACUAGCCCCCUCUGGUGUCAUUUAGAAGUUUCUCACUGGGCACAGUAUGUCACGACAGAAGAAUAUGGUAAGAAAAAAAAGAAAGUCCAGAAUGAAGGUGGUAAUAUUAUGGAGGCAUUCAAAAUGGAUUCUAAAAACCCCUCCGUUAAAACAUUGACUAGCCUUGAUAAUACAAAACUUCGUGAUAUGUUCGCUGCUUGGAUAGUAAAGCGCCAACGCCUAUUUAAUAUAAUUAAAGACCCAGAGUUGAUCGAAAUAAUAGAAUUUUUAAAUCCCACAGCAAAAUUAGUCAAAGGAGAUGCAAUAAAGAAUACAAUUAUGUCGCUUUAUAGUUCUGGAAAAAGGGAAUUAAAAGCAAGUUUCAUGAUUAUAUAUCAUAUUAGGGUUCUGUGGAUUAAAUACAUUGAAUCUUAA